UGUCUUGCGCUCGUACUUCCAUAGGCAUUCUCUCUCUCUCUCGGAUGUGUUCCAACAGACAGCGGAGCUUGAUGGUCUCCCUUGGCCAACAACCCCAGGAAUGAGUGCGCUAUUCUUACGUCUACUUCCAGCAACAGCUCACUGCUAUCUUCUCUCAGCGACGAUGAUGAAUCCCCCCAAUCCUCAGAUGCUGAUGUGCAAUGCAAUUUCUGGAAUCUGUUCCGCCUCCUCCCUCUUUCACGAUACCCAACACGUCAAGGAGGUACAGUCAGGGAGUUCGUACCACUGCCUGUUGAACCAGUAUCUACCCUCUCGAUUUUCUAUCCAUCGAAGCGUAUCUCGAUGGUGUCGGAGUGCAAACGGACGCAACGAACACGCCCUGAUUCUUUUCUACCGUCGCUUUUUGUCUUCAUAGCGCCAGACUACAGCGUCGAAAUAUUUAAUCCCUCCUCUCGUCUACGUCUCCAGCAUCGUUGACUUUAGAAUUAUACGUGAUGAAUACAAACCACACG